AUGGAGAAUUUAGCUUCCUCUCAGGCACAACAAGUUGAAUACCAAACCAAGCAGAAUGAGUUCUUCAACAAUUCUCUCCAACAAAUCACUGCUCAUAAUAAAUUGAUGGAGAAUCAGAUGACCCAACUUGCCCAACAAAUAAGCCACCUCUCUAAACCUUCAGGCCAACUUCCUGAGCAAACUGAACCAAAUCCUAAGGGGCACAUCCAUGCCAUUUCAUUGAGGAGCGGUAAAGAAUUGCAAGAGCCUACAAAGAGGGUAACUGAGCAAAAGAACACUGCAAAAGAGGUUACAGAGUUGAGUGAGGAAGUUCAAGGGAAGACGGGUUUGGAAGAUGCAGAUAAGAAGACUGAGAAGGAGGAACCCACUGUCACUCCUAUGGAACCAUACAAGCCACCUGUUCCAUUCCCUCAAAGAUUGGCACAGGCGAAACUAGAAAAGAAAUAUGGGAAGUUCCUUGACAUCUUGAAGAAGCUACACAUCAACAUCCCUUUCUUGGAUGCCAUAUCUGAGAUGCCUUCCUACACUAAGUUUUUGAAAGACAUGCUCUCUAACAAACGAAAAUUUGAAGAGAAUGUCACUGUUUCACUAACAGUUGAGUGUAGUGCUAUUUUACAGAAUAAGCUUCCAGAAAAGCUAAGAGAUCCGGGCAGCUAUUCUAUUCCUAUCAAGCUUGGAGAUAUUGCAAUCAAGAAUGCUUUGUGUGAUCUUAGGGCUAGUGUUAAUAUCAUGCCUUUAUCCAUCUGUGAGCAACUCAACAUGGGCGAACUAAAACCCACACGCAUCUCUCUACAACUAGCUGACAGGACAGUGAAGUUCCCACUUGGUAUCCUUGAAGAUGUUCCUCUUCGAGUGGGUAAAUCUUUAUUUCCUGUGAUUUCGUUGUUAUAG